UAGCGCUAAAGUAGUUUGCUAUUACUACGAUAUAGUAAAUAUAUUUCUACUGUUUCUACUGUUUUUUCUAAAAUUUUAUAACACUCAAUUCCAUACUACGAUAGAAAUGGUUCAUUAUCUUCAAUUGAGUUGAUAGCAUAGUGGCAUAAUUGAAUCCCACAUGUAUUCCUACAUAUAUUCCUACAUAUAAUCCUAUAUGUAUUCUAGUCAUAACCUGUAAAGUAACAACUAAAAAAUGUGACAAAACUAAAUGUAUAUAAUACUAAAAUACUGUAAGUUGAUAUAUUAUAUGUAAUUAAUAGUUUAAGAAAUGAAUUACUAUAUUUGAUCCUCGAUAUUCAUGAAUAUAAUCGUGGAAAAGAAAUAUAAUCGAGAUGCUAUAACCUAGUUCAAUCUGUUAUUGAGGCAUUAUGACGCUUACUCCGAAAGAUUUAACAAAAUUAUUGGAUAUCCUUGAAGAAGAAAACCUGGAUACGAGUUUGGAAAAUCUUUGUAAUCAGUUACAUCAAAUAUUUCCGAAAGAAGAUCGAUUUAAAGUGGGAAUGACAUUGGUUCUCCUUUUACAGCAUAUAGAUUUAUUGCCAAAAAAUGUUCAACGUAUAAUAGCAGUUGCAUUGUUAUUUGAUCUUUAUAGAGGAGAAACACUGGCAUCGACACCAUUUGCACCUGUUUUUGUACAGGUUUUAAGAUCCCAAGAAGAUACAAAUAAUGGAGCACCAAAGACAAAUUUUUCAGGACACAUACCAGUUUUAUCACAAUGUGAAAAAAAUCUUUUAAUAAGUUUACUGGGAUAUAACCAAAAGGACAUCUUAAAGAAAACUCCAAGACAAAUUGUGGAUGAAUUGUUUUUUGUAUCUGUACCACUUGUUGAUUUAAGUAAUUUACAAGUACAACUAGCAGAGCGUCGUUCAGAAUUACCUUCCAUCGCUAAAUGUGGAAAUCCUGUGAUCUUACCUGAUAUGGAUCAUUCUAAAGUAACAGAGAUCGAUAAAAAUGCAACAAAAAAUAUGACAGAAAUUUUAACAGCCAAUGAUCCACCUUUAUGUAGUCAAAGUUAUCAACCUGAGUUUUUAAGAUUAGUACCUCCCCUUUAUCGCUCAGUCGAUGAAUUACCAUGGUUCAAUGUAACAGAACCAUCUCAAUUUACAAUUGAAUAUGACACUAAUAUGUGUGUCUCAAAUUGUGCUGGUGCAGAAGCUCGCAGAUUAAUGGGUAAAGCGUUCAAAAGUGUACUGACGUUACAACAACAACAACAUCUUGUUAAUGAAUUGGAUAGAGAUCCAAAACUGGUAUACCAUAUUGGUCUUACUCCAGGAAAGCUACCAGAUUUGGUAGAGAAUAACCCUUUGAUCGCAAUUGAAGUUUUGUUGAAACUUAUGCAAUCCAGUCAAAUAACAGAAUAUUUUAGUGUUUUGGUAAAUAUGGAGAUGUCUCUUCAUUCAAUGGAAGUAGUCAAUAGGUUAACUACUACUGUGGAUCUACCUACAGAAUUUGUUCAUUUAUACAUUAGUAAUUGCAUUUCUACUUGUGAAACUAUAAAAGAUCGGUAUAUGCAGAAUCGUUUAGUACGUUUGGUUUGUGUUUUUCUGCAAUCCUUAAUUAGGAACAAAAUCAUAAAUGUGAAAGAACUCUUUAUUGAAGUGCAAGCAUUUUGCAUUGAAUUUAGCCGCAUUAGGGAAGCUGCAGCUCUUUUUCGCCUACUUAAACAACUUGAAUCUGGUGACAUUGGUGGAUUGAAUGCACCACCCACCAAUAAUAAAUUGGAUAUGUGUUAACAUAGUUAAUAAUAUACUUUUCAAAUAUUUAAUAGAAAAUUAAUAGAGCUAUGAAGUUUUGUAACUAUUUUUUUAUGAACAAAAUUACAACGAAUUAAAAUAUUUAUAUAUAAUUGAUGUUUAUGUAUAAUUUUAGUAUUUGAUAAAUAACUUAUUAGCUAUCAUUUAUUUUCGAUUAAGUGUUAACAUACUACAUAAUAUUUUCAUUAAAAUAAUUAAAAGAAAAAGUGUUUCUGCAAUAAUAUAAAUAAAGUAUAUUAUUCAUCUGUCAUAAUUUUUGUGUUAGAACUAAAUGAAAUAUAUGUAUACUGUAUAUUAUCAUAGAUAUAUUGUAAUAUAUAUGUCUUAAAAAAUAAUGUAUGUUGUUUCCUAAUAAUUAAUAAAAAAUUGCAUAAAUUGCACUUAGGAAAAGAUAAAAUGGAUUAUUAUUUGUGCUCAGAUGAAAUAUUUUUUGUUACUGUGUAGUUUUUAAUAUUUGUAUAUUACAUUAUCAAAGUUAAUAAAAUCUUACGAAAUAUUAACAUGUCAUAAACAUUUAUUACAUGAAAUAAAGGAUACAAUAGACAUAAACAAUAAAUUCUAAUAUUUAAUUAUAUUACAUUGUCACUAAUGUCGCCUUUCUGAUUCAUUCAAGGCAGUGUUUACUGUUUAUGCAAUACAGUCAUCAUUGUUAUUUACUACAAUCAACUUAAUUGUUAGUAUUCUAAGUUACUUUCUACUAUAUUAUUUAUAGUACGUAACAAAUAUAUAUUUUCAUUCUAUAUUUGUGUAUACAUAUAAUGUAAACUUUCCGUUUUGACGAUUUCACUACUUUGCUAUAUUAGUGUUGAUACUACAAAAAUACAAAUAAAAGCUGUGAUUUCUGUUAGUGAGCUAUAGAUAACAACAAGCUGUAUAAAAGUAAAAAUAGAAUAAAUGUGUGAACUAUUUAUAGCAUGU